AUGGGGAGGGACCCGAAGGAGCGCGAGGCGCCCUCGGUUCACGGCCGGCACCGCCGCACCUUUGGCGGCCGAGCGUCCCCUCCUAGCGCUCCGGGAGCCGCGGCGGAGAGCCCGGAGCUGCGGGCACCGCCGUCCGCCCGCUCCCCGCCGUCCCCGCACGGGGCGCCCCGGGGCGGCGAUGCGCCGCGGUUGCCGCCUCCCCCCGGUCCCAGCGCCGCGGUGCCGGUGCCGCCCGGUGUCGGUGCCGGGCCGGUAGGCGGCAGUGCUCCGCUCUCUCGCCGCUCCCCGCCCGCUCGGCCCCGGGAGCGGAUGCAGUUCCCCGGCUGCCCCCGGCUGCUCGGCGGGGCGGCGGGGCCCGGCCCGCAAGGCGCUCCCCCCCGCGGCGCUCCCGGCGGCGCUCCCCGCGGCGGCCCCGCUCCGUGCGCGGCGUCGGGCGGCCCCGCGGCCCCGCUCGGCAGCGCUCUCUCCCCGCCUCGGCCCGGUCCCGGCCUGCGGGGCCCGGCGCAGCUCCGCGGGGCCAUGGCGGAGUGGGCUCCCGCACAGGUGCAGGAGUGGAACGUGGAACCCCCCCACCUGAUGCCUCUGCAGCCACCGCUGCUCCCAGAGCGGGCGCACGUGAGGGAGGCACAGCUGCACUCAGCCGAGGCGUCGCUGUGGACGGUGGUGGCCACAGUGCAGGCGAUGGAGAGGAAGAUCGACCUGCUGGCCACCCGGCUGCUCAGCCUGGAGGGCCGCUCGGGAACGGCCGAGAAGAAACUCCUGGACUGUGAGAAAACCGCCAUGGAGUUUGGCAACCAGCUGGAGAGCAAAUGGGCCGUGCUGGGCACCCUCAUCCAGGAGUACGGGCUGCUGCAGCGGCGGCUGGAGCACGUGGAGAACCUGCUGAAGAACAGGAACUUCUGGGUGCUGCGCCUGCCCCCCGGCCCCCGCGGGGAGGUGCCCAAGGUGCCGGUGACGUUUGUUGACAUCGCCGUCUACUUCUCGGCGGAGGAGUGGAAGAAUUUGGAGGAGUGGCAGAAGGAGCUGUACAACAACCUGGUGAAGGAGAACUACGAGUCGCUCAUCUCCCUGGAUGCGGCACUGUCCAGGAGUGACACACAGCCCCGGCUGGAGCGUGGGGACGUGCCCUGCGUCCCCGAUCAGCAGGACCUGGAGCAGCGCGAGAUGCCGGCAGAUGCCUGUGCGGAGCCGCUGAUCUCCACCUCCGACAUCCUGUCCCGGAUCAAGCAGGAGGUGGCAUUUGUUGGGGAGCAGCAGUUUGGGGAGGAGCGGGGGAUGCCCACCGACCCCUGUGCAGGUGCAGACGCCCUGAUCACAGCUCACGACUUCUUGUCGUGGAUCAAGCAGGAGGAGGAACCGUGCGUCAGGGAACCCUGGGAGCUGCCAGAGAGGGAAAUCCUGCCUGGUCCCGUCCCUGGUCCUGGCCCCGCCGGUGAGGCGCUGCUGGUGAAGAUGGAGGAGCAGCGCUGUCCCCGCGCCGAGCCCCCCGAGGAAGUGCUGCCGGGCGCCUCGGGCGAGCUGCUCUUCCCAGCCCCGAGCUUUGGGACCCCGGAGGGACAGGCCGUGCCGGCGGCGGCCGGGGGCAACGCGGCAGCGCAGCACAGACUGAGCAAAGCGCUGAGCGCCGAACCGGGGCCGGCGGCCGAGCCGGUGGGGGUCCCGGUGCCGGUGUCGGUGUCGGAGGAGCGUCCGCACGGCUGCGCCGAGUGCGGGAAGAGCUUCAGCGGGAAGAAAAGCCUCCGCAUCCACCAGCGCAGCCACGCGGCCGAGCGGCCGUACCCGUGCGCCGAGUGCGGCAAGAGCUUCAACUGCCACUCGGGGCUGGUGCGGCACCAGAUGAUCCACCGCGGCGAGCGGCCCUACAAGUGCACCGAGUGCGGGAAGUGCUACAGCCGCAAGGAGCACCUGCAGAACCACCAGCGGCUGCACACCGGGGAGCGGCCCUUCGUCUGCGCCGCCUGCGGGAAGAGCUUCAUCCGCAAGCAGAACCUGCUCAAGCAUCAGCGCAUCCACACGGGCGAGCGGCCCUACCAGUGCCCUGCCUGCGGCCGCAGCUUCCGCUACAAGGAGUCCCUCAAGGACCACCAGCGCGUGCACGGGGCCGAAGCCGGACCCCCGCCGCCGCCGCAGCCCCCCGGGUUGCCCCCCGGAGAUUAGGGAGGGGCGGCCCGCGGCUGCGGACUGAGGGCCCCCCCGCCCCCGGUACCGGCGGCUCGCGUCGGCCACGGAGCUUCGUACCAAACGCGGGCGGCCGGCCCCGCCGAGGCCAGCCGCUCGCAGCCCCGCGCUCAUCCCAACCCCGACAAUCCGGGGAACGACGGGCGGAGCUGCCGCCGCCGGCCGCGUCCCCGUCCCCGCCUGCCGCUCUGCCCCCCCCCCCUCCAUCCCCCCGCUUAUUUUUACUCCCCGUGCCGUCCCGCUCUGUACAGUGCUUGGGGUGUCGUUUUGUAUGGACGGUGCAACGCAGAAUAAAGUCGUGCUGGGCUGCCGCGCCUUCGCCCUGGCCCCGUGGGGUCCCUGCUCAAAGCCACCCCAGGACAGUGGCGGUGUCCCCCGAGCCGGAGCAGGGGCUGGAAGCAGAGCAGCCCCGCAGGGACACGCGGCGUUUCUCAUUUUCCUUUCCCUCGCUGAACUCUUGGCCCUGAGAAUUGGGCUGCGCGCAGAGCCCACCCCUCCCCGCAUCCCCCCCGCAUUUCCAAACCGGCACCAGGAAUAAAACCCGGUGCCCGUCUCACUCCUUUGGCUGCUUGUUGUCUCCCAAAAGGGACCCGCGCCGCCCAGCAAGGACUGCAGCGCCAUCACCCACACGCGGUGACACGUUCAGCCUCGCGGGGCAGCACGCCGCGCUGUCACCCCAGCAUGGGCCGCGCUUGGACCGUGGGGGAUGGGGGCACUGAGUCAACAC